AAUGACGCUGCAUUCACUGAAGUCCUCACUCGGUGCCUGCUUGAAUCGUCACUAAACAUGGACUCAAAGUACAGCUGUAGAAAUGUCAUCUGGAUUGUUGCGAUUCAAUUUCUUCUCCAUCAGAAGCUAGAAGCAUGCCCACCAUUAAAACAACAAGACCUGCUGGCCUGCUGGAACAUGGACCCAUGCUGUACAGUUCAACCUUCGCACACCAUUGACCAGUUCGGGUUUGGAUGUUUUCGCGGAUGUGUGAAAAAGUGCUCGACUUCAAGAAAGAUGUGUUUCAACCCAUGCUUAACCCAACUUCACAAUCUACAAAAUUGCAUCAACACGGACCCUCUCCACUGUGACGUAAAUCCCAUCAUGCAACGCGUCGGAGGUCAGCAUUGCUUCAGCGGAUGCACACAAUAUUGUGAAUGAUUGAACACUGAUUUCUCAAUUGUCAUUCAAAAUAAAAUUUAGAUACAUU